CUAGUUACAAAUGCGAGUAAUCUUAACACUCGUUAGACACGGAGAGAGUACGGAUAAUUUAAAGUCAUUAUGGGCAGGUUGGAGAGAUGCAAACCUCAGUAAUCACGGGAUGAAUCAAGCUCAGAGGCUAGCAAAAUCAUUAGAGAGUUACCCUAUCAAAGCUAUAAUAGCAUCAGAUUUAACUAGAGCUAGAUGGACAGCUGAGCAAAUACGUGAUCACAACAAAACUAUACCAGCAGCAUCAUUCACCACCAGUGAUUUACUUAGAGAGCAGAACUUUGGUAAAGGUGAGGGUCAACCGUGGCAACAAGCACAAUGGCAGCGCAAAAGUGGCAGAGACUUCAAGUUUGAAGACGGAGAGAGUCUACAUGACGUUGCAGCCAGGGCUGAGAAUGUUAUAGAUAAUAUGAUAAUGCCAUACGUUAUGGCUAGCGCUUUUUCGGGACAAGAAAGCAAUGUCGUCGUUGUAGCGCACGGAAUAUUUCUCGCAGAGUUGCAAUACGCGUUACUAAAGCGCCGUCCUCAAGGUGUAACAGCAUUCCAGAGAUCACCAUUAGAGAAUACAGGUUGGCAUAGAAUAGCACUAAAGUUAGCAACACCUACACAAUCUAAGUUGGCGUCAGAUCUGCCAGAACGACGCCCAACAAGAAAUGUAACAAACGACGAAGAUAUUGAAAAGCAGGAGACCUUGGUUGAAGGACCACCAAGCGAGUUGAACCCUGCGACGCCUAUGGUAGAGAUAGAACGUGAGGUAAAAUAUAAGAAGUUGGAUGUUGGCUACAUCAAUAUAAGUGAAUCAGGACAUUUAGUAGGUUUAACACGGGCUAAAGGUAUUGGGUCUAUGGCCUUUGAUGAGAAGCAACCUAGAAUAACUGAUUUAAUGUAAAUUGUAUUUUAUUCAUGUCUUAAAAACGAUAUGUCAUCAUCGAUUGAAUCAGAGUCUGAGAUGUCAGAUUUUAACGCAUUGGAGCAAAUACCAGAUUUGAGAUUUGAACAAGCUUUUACAAAAUCAUAUAAGGAAUCAUCUGGUACGCUAGUUGGAUUAGCUAAAGUGCUCAUACUUGACCAGGUAUGUGCUUAAGGAGCGGCGAUACGAGAACUAAAAUAGAGUAGAUAAUACUACCAUUAAUACAAGGUAGUCUCUGGGGUGUAGGUGUUUCCGUAGUAAAGAGUCUUUUGUUGUAAUUCCCUUUU